GAGAUCAUGACUUCUGUCAAAGAGCAGGAAGCCAUCAGGAAGCUCAUGGUUUUCUUGCAGGAAUGGGAUAGUGCCCACAAAGUUGCUCGAAGCCGCAUCCUGGACAACUUCAUUGAAAGCAACAAUGGCAAGACAGAACCAGAGCUGGAGCUGGAGUUCUCCCAGGGAGCCAGCUUGUUUCUGGCUCGCCUAACCGCAUGGCUCAGAAUGACCUACAUGUACAGCACGUGCCUUGACAAGCUGCUCAAGUCCAUUGGCAUCUUCCUAUCUGCUGCAAGUGGACGCAGAUACGUUAUUGAAUUUCUGGAGAUUGGAGGUGUCAUGAUUCUCCUGGAAAUACUAGGGCUGAACCACCUGAAAGAAGAGGACAAAAGGGAGUCUGUAAAGCUGCUGCAGCUCGUCGCAGACACUGGCAGGAAGUAUAAGGAGCUCAUUUGUGAAAGCUACGGGGUGCAAUCCCUCACUGAGUUCUUGGUCACUUCCAACUCAGCAGAGGCUCAAGAAGACGUGCAGGUUCUGCUGGACUCUUUGGGCCACAGCAAUCCCAAGUACCAGAAUCAAGUCUACAAAGGCCUCAUUGCUGUUCUGCCGUGCGCCUCCCCCCACGCCCAGAAGCUGGUUCUGCAGAUGCUCAGGGGCAUGCAGGACGUGGUGGGAGAGGUGCCCUCUGCCCUUGUGGAGCCUGUGCUGGGCGUGCUGUCCUCGGUGCACCUCGAGGUCCAGUAUGAAGCCGUCCAGCUGCUGAAGGCCCUCAUGGCCCUCGAGGUCCAGCCACUCCUGCUGAAGGGCCUGGUUGCAUUACUGACGCCACCCAGGAAGAAAGCAUUUACCUUCUGUGAUGAGACCACCAAAGAUCCAACAGCACUUUGCCUGAGGGAGCCCGUGCUGGUGUAUAUUCAGCAGGCAGCUGCUGCAAAAGCCAUUGGUGUAUUAGCCAAGGAGUCAGCAGAAGUGGCUGAAGAACUGAUCCAGCUGAAAGUAGUACCUGGCCUGAUGGUUGCUCUGGGGAACCUGGAUCAUGUGGCCAGCCAGAGACAUGCCAGCAUCUCCCUGGAGUAUUUUGUCCACACAUUUCCCUUUGUGGAGGAGUGUGUAAAGAAGGCACUAGGACACACACUGUUCCAGCACUUUAUGGACAGUCCUGAGACAUGGUACACAAAAAUGGAUCCAGUCCAGGCUGAAGAACUGGCCUCCAAUAUAGUAGACAUCCCCAGAGACAUGGCAAGGAUGCAGUCCAGAGAGACAAGCCCUGGACUGAGCUGA